GAAAAUCAAGAUCUAUUCGGAGCGAACCCAUGUUUGAAACUCACGACUAUUGAGGACAAGCGAGUCUUUCAGGAAGAAAGAAAAAGAACGCAAAGUAUAAAGAAAUAUAAUCACAGAGAUUGUGAGAAAAAUACAUAAGAAUCCACCCAAAGUUAUAGAAUCGUUCGCCUGAAUAAACAUCAAGAGCGACCGCGUCUCUAAUUCUCCAAUUUCCAAACAAACGAAUCCACGCGAAUCAAAGCCCGAGAAAGACGUUUCUCGUCUCGGAACAUCUCGGAACAUUUGGAACAUUCCGUCCUCGAUACCUCGAAGAACCACUCGGAGGUGCCGCGAGCCUCGCAGCCUCCCUCGCUCCUUCGAGAGGAACCGGGACGAAAGCAAAGUCCCGGCACGUGCUGGCCAGAGUUCGAUGACAAUUGAACAAGAUUUGGUGCCUACCCAGCGUGCGUGAGCGGAUCCUCGGGCACGAGGGCGGCGCGCCGAGGAGGUCGUCCUCGACCACGACGAUCACGACGACGACGAUGCUGCGAUCGCCGGCGCGCGGCGCGGUUACCGUCCUGGGACCGCGGGAGCCCUCGUCCGCCUCCGCCUCCGCCUCCGCAUCCGCUGCGGUGGCGGCGGCGGCGGCCGCGGUGGCAUCCUCGGCCACCACCGUCUCGGCGCCGCCGACGCCGGUGCACCACGGCGGCGCCGGCACCGGUACCGGUAGCUCGAGCAGCGCCUCCUCCUCGCGUCUCUCCCUGCUCGACACCUGCCACAGGAAGAUCAGGCUCUUCGGCGAGCUAGUCGCAAAAGCCAGACGAAAGGAGAAAGAUGCGGGAGCCACGGAGGAUCCUAAACUAUACCUGGAGGAGGCUGCUCUCGAGAGACAGUUGCCGGAGCUGGACCUGAGGAUGCUCGUGGAUCUACCGCCCGGUCUGGAUUACAACGAAUGGCUGGCAUCGCAUACCCUCGCACUAUUCGAUCAUAUUAAUCUCGUCUACGGCACGAUAUCCGAGUUUUGCACCAUGACAGGUUGUCCCGAUAUGACCGGUCCCGGCUUAAGAACGUAUCUAUGGUUCGACGAAAAGGGGAAAAAAACGAGAGUGGCAGCACCACAAUAUAUAGACUAUGUUAUGACAUUUACACAACGCACCGUUAGCGAUGAAACUAUAUUCCCUACAAAAUACGCAAACGAGUUUCCUAGCUCGUUUGAGUCGAUAGUGCGUAAGAUCCUGCGGCUACUGUACCACGUGGUGGCACACAUCUACCACUGCCACUUCAGGGAGGUGGCGCUCUUGGGGUUGCACGCUCACCUCAAUUGUGUAUUCGCCCACCUCACGCUCCUUAAUCAACGCUUCAACCUUAUAGAUCCCAAGGAGACGGAGAUCCUGGGAGACCUAGAGGCCGCCCUCUUGGGUGACUCAACAUCCGCGCCUUCACAGACUUUAGCCAUCCAGGAGACUCCGACCUCCACAACCACUACCAGUACCACCUAGAUCGCCGCAAUGCGUAAUAGCAUGCGAGCAGAGGUUGCAGUUCCUGAGAUUAGGUGACGAUAGGCGAUUUGUUCGUUCAUUUGGUUUUUUUGCCUCCUUUUUGUUUUUUUUAUAGUCACAUGCGAAAAAAAUAGAAUUUAUUGCGAUAUGAUCGGCCCAUGGAUGGUGGGAAAGAGAGAGAGAGAGAGAGAGAGAGAGAGAAUGAGAGGAAGAGAAAGAGAGAGAGAGAGAGAGAGAGAGAGAAUGAGGAAAAGCGUCGAUUUCUGUAAAAACAAAGAAAAAAGAUACCAGUAGUACCUGUACAUAGUAAAGUGUGAACAACUACAUGAUGUAAUUAGGUUCCUCCGUUUGUUGUUUGUGAGAUUGUACAUAAUUUAUUAAAUGAUAAGAUAUAUAUACGAGAGAAAGAGAGAAAAAAAAAUAACGAGUGAGAGUGAAAGAACGCGAGAGCGAACGAGAAAGUGAGAACGCGAUAGGAAAAAAUGAGUAUUGAUUAUUAUUGACAAAGUUAGUUGCUAUAAGAGAUGAUUUGUUCUGUAAAAAAUGAUACAAUAAUAAUAUUGUAAAGUUAAAAUAAUACCAAAUAUAUACCUGGUGUUAAGGCA